AACCGCGUCACACCUGUGGUCGAAGAAGAAAUUACAAAUACAACAUGGCUUCCUCUGUGGGAAGAAUUUUGUCCCGAUUAUUCGUUAAAUUAUUGGAAAACACGGUUAAAGGCUCCACUUUUUGUACCUUAAAUUUGAUGUCGAGGUGAGAACACAACAAUUGAAGACGUAGUUGACAACAAGCGAGCAAUUUUUUAAAGGGUUUUUUUUUUUUUUUUUUCACGAGCGGUGAGGCAAGGCAAGAAAGGGGCCAUGCUUGUUUUGCUGCUUUUUCCUGGAGGACCUUUUCCUAUCAAACAAAUGACGACGGCGUCGUGAGAGGCGGCAUCUCCCCGCUCCCUCCUCCAGGUGGUGUUGGAGGGGAAGCUAUCCAAAGCCACCCCCCCCCCCUCCUCCUCCUGACUCCCGGCUCCUCCUGACUUGACGCCCGGCGCGUCAAGUUGCCCGCCCGCCCGCACAACUUUUGUCAGUUCCACGGCGACGCGACAGGUACGCCGAGGGGGGCCCCCGGAAGAAGCGGCACCGUUCAGCGUCAGGUUUGGGGUUGUUUUACGACCACACAUCGGGGCCCGAAACAUGACGGAGCAAGGGAAGAAGGUCAUUCUGGUGGUGGUGGAUAUUCUCUGCGUCUUUAUUGCGGCCUUGCCCUCAGCCAUCCUGACGUUGAUGUUCAGCCCCUACCAGAGAGGCAUCGACUGCGACGACAAGAGCAUCGACUACCCCUACAAGAGAGACACCAUCUCUCACGGCGCCAUGGCGGCCGUCACCGUCACCAGUUCCAUCGUCAUCAUCACGAGCGGCGAGGCCUACCUGGUGCACACCAAGCGUCUGCACUCCAACUCCCAGUUCAACCAGUACCUGUCGGCGCUCUACAAGGUGGUGGGCACCUUCCUGUUCGGCGCCGCCGUCAGCCAGUCGCUCACCGACCUGGCCAAGUUCACCAUCGGGCGGCCCCGCCCCAACUUCUUGGCCGUGUGCGCCCCCGCCGGCUGCAGCGGGUACGUGCUGCGCAUCAACUGCACCGGCAGCUUGCGCAACGUCACCGAGUCGAGGUUGUCCUUCUACUCGGGCCACUCGUCGUUCGGGAUGUACUGCAUGCUCUUCCUGUCGCUGUACGUGCAGGCCCGCGUGCAAGGCAAGUGGACCCGGCUGGUGCGGCCCACCAUCCAGUUUUUCCUGGUGGCCUUCUCGCUGUACGUGGGCUACACGCGCGUCUCCGACUACAAGCACCACUGGAGCGACGUGCUGGUGGGACUCCUGCAGGGGGCGCUCAUCGCCGUCCUCACCGUUAAAUACGUGUCGGACUUCUUCAAGCAGCGCGGCGAGCCGGCGCGCACGCGGACGGACGCGGCCGACGGCGAGCGUCUGGAGCGCAAACCGAGCCCGCAGCGCGCCAACCACUACAACUACUCGCCGCCCGUAUGACAUCGCGACACGCAGCCACCGACGCCAUUUCACGUCCGCGACCGCCAGUUGGGACUUAUCUCCAAAAUACGCCAUCGUGUCGAGUGUACAUGCGUUAUAUCAAUAUGUGACAUGAUGCCAUAUUUUUGUUACGGUUUGUUUGGAGCGUUGAUGCUGUGACUUGAUGGGGGGGGGGGUAGAUAGUGUGGAAAAAAUUCAUUUUUAAUUUUUGGGAUGAGACUGUUGCUGCUUUACCACUAAAAUUUUACCUUUUUACAAGCAGGACUGCUCACUGCUUGAGCUAACGCGUUUUUAUUACAGUAUUGUUUUCAUUUUUUUGUUUUUAUCCAUGACAACUGUACCGUAUCGAAUAAAAUUUAUUAUUUUUA